CUCUAGUUCCCUGCGCUAAGGGAAAAGGGAAUCCGCGUCCCGCCACGCGUUUCAUUGUAUGAAGUCAUCUUUUGUCUUUUUCUCUCUGCAACUUCAUCCAACAUGCAUCGCCUGUGGGGUGAGCGAUAAUGGACGCUUUUCUUAUUCGGAGAUCACCCCAAUUGAAAGAUAGACAUGCCCAUGCGACGGAUGAGCCGCCUUCUAAGAGGGUUAAGAGGGUUAAGAGGGAUGAGAGUCACGUGGGCGCUGAGGGUUCAGAUGAAGACCUUCGGCCUGGGAGUCCACUGUUGAAGCGUUUGCCGGUGGUGCGGCGAGUAGAUACUCUGGCUUCGGAGCUUGGUGAUGACGAUACCCCGCAGAAUUCGGAGGCAGAGGCAGAGGCAGAGGCAGAGGUAGAUGCAGAAGCUGACGUACCGAGGCGGACUGCCAUUGAGGAUUCACUGCCCGAGACCAAGUCUGGAAAAGAAGCCUUGGAAGAAUAUGAAAAUUUCAGAGCGUCACAAGACGAUGGGGGCUCUGCAUCUGCUGCGUCGAGAUUAGAUUCGAGGAAGUGGGUGAGAGGUAAGACGUCACUCUAUGUUGAUGCUUUUAACCUCGCUCUUGGCACGGUUCUCGAUGAGGAAUCUCAUUUAUUCGAUGACAAGGAAAUGUAUAUUUUUGGCCAAUGGAAUAAGCUAAGCUAUGACGCCCAAUUCCUAUACGUGCGGCUAUUCCUCAGGAAGACUGCAUCGUGGCACCGUAUCGCUCGUCUACGUUAUCACGAUGAUAUUUCAGAUACCGAGGCAGCCGUUAGUGAAUUACAGGAGAACCGGGAUUUACCAACCAGUUCUUCCGGUCCUGACCCUGCCUUUAUAUCCACGAACCCGGAACCUGAUUCUUUGGCUCAAGAUCAAUAUUUGUUUAGUGACAAUUUCACUUUUGCAGAUACAUCAGAGCAGUAUAUUACCAGUGUCGAAGAAGCUGUGGAACUCCUAAGCUUAGAUGAGGUCAAAGCCUUGGCUAAAGAGGCCAAGGUGCAAGGCAAGAAUAAGGCCGAGCUUGCAAGAUCUAUCUGCAGAAUGAGCAAUCAACAAGCAGGCCUCUUUUCGUUAGGCCUUAGCCGGUCUAGCACUAUUGCGUCCGUCGACUCGCCAGGACGUGAUACACCAGAGGUAGACACUCCAGCCCCAGAUCCUAGUGAAGAUUCCAACAGGAGAAAGCAUUUCUUGGAUAAAAUCUCAGCUAUAGCUGGGCCUUGUAUAAGGCUUUCCUUACCCGUUUUUAAAUUAUUCGAGAGGGUUCACCUAGUCUUUUAUAGGUCUACCGAAUGGACAGAGAAGUCUCUGACCACGAUUAUUCUUGCGAAGAUAUCAAAACGCAACUUCCCCAAAUACAUCGUCAGCAGAUCUGCAAAUAUUUUCAACUCGAGGGCUCAGUUGUUGGAAUUCGAGACAGCUAUGAGGAAUGAAUACGCCGUUGACAAUAUUUUGGAGUUUAAUGGACCCGCCACAGAGGUGGCCUUUCGAAAGGUAAUAGAGAUUUUUGAGAAAAUAUAUCCGAGAUGGAAGACUCUUCUUCGGGAAGAGCAGGAGAAAGAGGAGAGAGUCUAUGAAUCUGGAGAAGGCGCUUACUUGAGGAGGCUCAAUCCUGCUCAUCCAUACACUCGAAUCGUUCAUAAAGCAGCCCACGUUUUUGGCCGGUUGAAAGAACACCAGCGAGAACAUGCACUUCUGACCGAGUUACUUGGCCAGCGCCUAUUCCACUUGGCUCGCCGGGGCUCUUGGUAUCAGCGAAAGGCUCUACUAGAGGAGCAUUACAUGUAUGCUCUAGAGACCGAUCCUACCUAUAAGGAUUCGGACCUGCAGAAAAAGCAUUGGAAGCGCAUUGCAGCGACUACCUGCGAAACUGCCUUGGAGGAUCGAGAUUGCCAUAUGAUCUAUCAUUAUGAUAUACAGAAAAGGUUGGUUAAACUUGAGAAGCAGCUCAAAAUUCCGAAACGUUUACAACAUGAUUUCGGUCACGUCCGACUGCAGAAACCUGAAGAGCAUUUUGUCGAAGGAAUUCAGCUGAAAAAGGACGAUGUACUAGGCAAGAAGGGGAGGGGUGCGAGUACUAAAACUAUAUGGGUAGACGAGGCUGAGGGCGGAGGCGAGUGUAGCGUGGAAGCCAUGUGUUUGAGUUGGUACAGGGACCAGGGCUGGAAAGGCUAUCAUGCCGAAGGAGGUAUCGUAAGGACACUCUUCGCGUACCUCUUUUUCGAUAUACUCUUCCUCUACAUACCGAACGUCUUUCAGACCGAGUACCAGACGUGCCCGCUGGAUCUGCACACCGACGCCUUCUACCCCACCAGAGCGUCUGAGAUCAAUCACCGCCUGGUCGAGAUCGCAAACGGUGAUGCGGUGAAGCUGGUCAAGGAGGUCGACCGGCGGGAACGCGAUAAUCGUACUUGUGUCGUCGGGCUCAACUGGGAUUACGAGCUGGAGGACCUCCUCGAAUUGGCUAGCUGCUUCGACGGGGCAGCACUAGCCGCCAUAUGCAAGGUCAUAGCACAGGAAUAUGGCCAGAGAGGUGGUGGCAUACCAGACUUGAUCCUCUGGAGAGCAGAACCGAGCAAGGAAGUGAUGUUCGCCGAGGUUAAGAGCGCCAAUGAUCGUCUCAGUGAUACGCAGAGGCUGUGGAUUCACGUCCUUACCGGCGCUGGCGUAAGGGUGGCUCUAUGCAAUGCCGUGGCAAAGGAAGUCAGGGAGGUCAAUAAAGAUGAAAGAUGACAGAAGCCAGUAAAAUGAAGGCGCAAACGAAAACAGAAGAGAUAGAGGUUAGAUCUCUCUCCACGAUGGUUUUAUUAGUGGCGCGUUGGUGGCGUUCACGCGUGGGGGAUGCGAGCAUGUACGGGGCAGUCUGUAUGUAUGCCCUAGAUGCAGCUUCAGAAUCAUGCGAGACUUACAUGAGACGCAAGCCAGGGAAGAGAUGAUUUACUACCGACACAUUCCGAUUAGCUAGUGUGUUGUCCCAUCCAGAGAUCGCGGUAAAACGACAGGACGAAUCAGCAUUAUCGCAAGAGUAGCCACCGUCAGGAAUAGGUAGCUACCUACUCAAGAAUAUGACCUGUGCCAUCUACUCAUGACUCUCGUCUGCGAAAUUUCUUAAUUAGCUGGUCUCGUUGACAGUGUCAAAACAAAUCGGAAAUAUUUCACCUUCACCUCUAUCUACUUACAGCCUCUCUCACAAAAUGGCGGUCAAUAACCCACGAAGCGGAGCCCUGCGACUCGAAUGCAUGUAUUGAAUGCCAAUGUGGAUACUCGAGUAGCCGAAAGAAGCGCGAAGUACAUCACGAUGCGUCGAUAUAUGUACUCAUCAUACGCCU